AUGACGAGUGAAGAAAGAAGCGCAAAUCCGGCGCCGCAUAUUCUGAUAAUUCCGAUACCACUUCAAGGGCAUGUGAACUCCAUGUUCAACCUUGCGGAGAUCCUCUGCCUCUCCGGCCUCCACGUCACCAUUCUCCUCUCCGAUUACACCCACCACCGCCUCCUCCGCCACGCCAGCUUCGACUCCCGCUUCUCCAGCUACACCAGCUUCCGCGUCGCCACCAUCUCCGACGGCCUCCCCGACGACCAUCCCCGCUCCGGCAGUCGUGUUGUGGAUAUCGUGCAAAGCCUUGGGGAGGUUGGUGGUCCGCAGUUCCGCCGCCUCAUGGUGUCGAGUGAUGCGAUGAGUGACGGCGGAGCUAGGCCGCGCGUGAGCUGCCUGAUCAUGGACGGGAUGCUGAGUUUCCCUAUUCCGGUGGCUGAAGAAAUGGGUAUUCCUUUCAUGUAUUUUCCGACGAUCAGCGCCUGCGGCCUUUGGCCGUAUUUUUGUGUUCAAGAGGUCAUUGACUCCGGCGAACUACUUUUCAAAGGUAAAAAUGAAGACAAAUUGACAUUUUGGAAAAGCAAAGAGAUGGACUUAAUGGUAACAAGCGUACCAGGAAUGGAGAAGAUCCUCCGGCGACGCGACCUCCCGUCGUUCUUCCGAGUCGAAGACGCCAACGAUGUCGUGCUCCAGUCCAUUAUCGAACAGAGUAAGAGAACACGUCAAGCUGUUGGUCUCAUAAUCAACACAUUUGAAGAUUUAGAAGGUCCGAUUCUUGAUCAAAUCGGCAAACACAAUGCCAAUCAGAAUCCUUAUUCCAUCGGCCCCUUACACACGCAUUUGAAAGAGUUGCAGAAAGCGAAGGGAAUGGAAUCAUCGCAUCAUUCUAGCAGCUUCUGGAAGGAAGACGACAGCUGCAUUGCCUGGUUAGAUUCCCAGCCUCCCGAUUCUGUGAUAUAUGUGAGCUUUGGGAGUGUUGCCACAUUGACAAGGGAUGAAUUGAUGGAGUUUUGGUAUGCGUUGGUUAAUAGUGGGAAAAAAUUCUUGUGGGUGGUUAGAGCGGAUUCCAUCGUUGGGGGCGGGAUUGGAAAUGAGAUCCCGGUCGAGCUUGAGGAAGGUACGAAACUGAGAGGGUUGAUGGUGGAAUGGGCGCCACAAGAACUAGUUCUAAGGCAUAAGUCGGUUGGGGCGUUUUUCACGCACAGUGGAUGGAACUCGACUAUUGAAAGUAUAGUGAUUGGGGUCCCGAUGUUGUGCUGGCCUUAUUUUGCGGAUCAGAUGGUGAAUAGUAGGUUUGUGAGUGAGGUGUGGAAGAUUGGAUUGGAUGUGAAAGAUAGUUGUGAUAGGUUGUUGAUUGAGAGUAUGGUUAGAGAGGUGAUGGAAGUUAAGAGAGAUGAGUUCUUAGAGAAGGCUCGUGGUAUGGCGAAUAUGGCCAACAAGGCUAUUUGUGAAGGAGGAUCUUCGCACGUAAAUUUGAACCGAUUGAUUCAGUUCUUCAAGUCCACGGCAUAAAAUAAUGAACAUUUUCUUUA